AUGGCAUUUGCAAACAAAGUGGUUAUAGUGACUGGUGCCAGUUCUGGCAUUGGAGCUGCUACAUCGGUGAUGUUCGCUAAAGAAAGCGCUAAUGUAGUGCUAGUUGGCAGGAAUGAAACCAAACUGAAACAUGUCUUCGAGAAAUGUAGCAGGAUUGGUAACACGCACCUCGUUAUUAAAGCUGAUGUAAGUAACGAUGGCGAUGCCAAGAGAAUUAUCAAUGAAACCAUCGACAAAUUUGGAAAAAUAGAUGUUUUGGUUAACAACGCUGGAGUAUCAGGCGGUGGCACUAUCUUAGAUGGGGGUAUAUUAAAAGCGUACGAUAAAAUAUUAGCAGUGAAUAUACGCGCAGUCGUACAUCUUACAGCUUUGGUUGCACCUCACCUCGUCGAAACUAAGGGCAAUAUCGUUAACAUAUCCAGUAUAUGUGGAAAGAUGCCAGGACUGUCAAAGUUCAUACCUUACAAUAUUUCUAAAGCAGCAUUAGAUCAUUUCACACGUGGUGCUGCACUAGAGUUGGCUACUAAAGGUGUACGAGUGAACGCAGUAAGUCCAGGCCCAGUUAAAACUGACAUUAUAGACAACGCAGGCGUAUCGGAUGUAGUAAGCUGGGAUAUAAUGGCUGCGGCCGUUCCUCAGAAAAGAUGCUCCGAGCCUGAGGAAAUUGCUGAAAUUAUUCUGUACCUAGCAAGUGAGAAGGCUAAAGGAGUUACGGGAUCAGACUUCGUUACAGAUAAUGGAGGUCUUUUACAAUUUCAAAUAUAA